GGAUAUUGUAGAAUGGGAACAUUGAGAGCUUUCUACAUUGAACUUCAAAAUCCCGAAGGGAUUUUCUCUGCUGGACAGAUUAUAAAUGGGAGACUUGUUGUUGAACUGGAUGCAGAGAUGAAUAUGAGAGAAAUAAGCUUGACCUUUAAAGGACUAGCUGAUGUACAUUGGACAGAAACCCAAACAAACUCGUCAGGAGACACAACAUACGAAGAUUAUAGUGCAUCCGAGAUGUACUUUGAGCAUUCUCAGCCUGUGUUUGGAGAAGGUGGUAGUUAAUUGGAAAACUUUUAUAAGCCUUGUCUUAAUCUAAACAAAUAUUAGCUUUCCUAAAAGCUUUGGUACUUUAGUUGGAGAAAAGCAAAAAGCAGUUAAGCUCUGAAAAGUUUGAAUAGAUAUUAUGUAGUUCAUCCCUAUCCCCAGGGGUAAUGAUUUGAACAAACAUGCUUACAUAUUAAUGUAAUAAUAAUACUAAUUUUGAAACUGCUGUUUUUAGAUGAUGUUUAAUGAUUUUUUUCUAUACAUUCCCAUGUAAUAAUUUUAUUGCCUAGUGUGUCAUCACCCUUCCUCCUAAGGGUUAUGAUUCAAACAAAAUUGAAAUUACACAACACAUAUGGAUGCUUCAGUAUUAGUAUGACUAAUCAUGGCUUUGCUGUUCCUUAGAAAAAGAUUUUAUAGAUAUUUCCUAUAUAUUCCUGUGUUUAUUAUUAAUUACCUUGCCAUAAGCCCGAGGGUCAUAGUUUGAACAAACUUGAAUUUUCACAAUGUUAUUAUUUUUAUUCUACUUUUGUAUAGUGCCUUAUCUAAUUUUAUAAUUAUCCUAUAGCGCUUUUAAAACAUAUGGAAACAAGUACAAUAUAAAACGAACAGUAAAUAAAUCAUAGAACGUAAAAAUAACACCAAACUAAAGUUAAUACUUUAAGAAUUUUUUCAAGAAAAUUAAAAGAUUUUUAAUAUUAGAAAAAUCAUCAGGACGCUAAGUUAGUGACUUUUAAAUCAAAAGCAAAUUUUAAAAGAUAUCAUUUAGCCUUUGUUUAAAAAAGACAAGUGACUGUUCGCUCCGAAGGUCCAGAAGAAGGCAGUUCCACAGGAUGUCUGAGAAUACAUCAAACCUUCUAUCUCCACACAUCUCAUUUUGAGUGCGUGGUUUUAGAAGGUUCAGUCCCUAAAUGUAUGCCGGGGCUAGUUUCUGUAAGGCCUUGAAGUAUACAGUAGAAUUUUAUAUUUUUCACGAUAUGCCACAGGUAACCAGUGAAGAGUUAUAAA